UCAAACACGGAUUCAAAAACACUUCACAAGCGUAGAAUCUGUGAUGGAGUUAGGAAAUGUUGGUGAACCACAUUAACAUAAGCACCACCCCAGCUGCCUCUCACUUCUUCCCUAUACUUCCCCUUUAUAAGCCCAAACAAAUCAGACCCAGAACCCAUCAUUCACAACCUUGCAAUUCUAUCUACAUCUUCCAGUUAAGAAGCUAAACCAAUGUCUACUUUGAGGCAGCUAACUAUGAUCACCAUAGCUGUUGCAGCUGUGACAUUUUGGGCAGGAGUAAUUGAGGCGCAACCAUCAUCAACCUGCACAAACGUGAUCAUAAGCUUGGCUCCAUGCCUGGACUACAUCACAGGGAACUCAUCGACCCCAUCUUUGUCUUGUUGCACACAGCUCGCCAGUGUUGUGAGGUCGCAGCCAGGGUGUUUGUGUGAAGUCCUCAAUGGGGGUUCCUCUUCACUCGGGGUUACCGUUAAUCAAACUCAGGCUUUGGCUCUUCCAGGCGCUUGUAAUGUCCAGACUCCUCCCAUUAGUCGCUGCAAUGCUAAUUCUCCAACUGGCUCUCCCGGAACAACACCAUCAUCAACAAAUGGACCAGCUUCGGAUGGAAAUUAUAUCAAAUUCACAUUUUCUGGGCUCCGUCUCCUGCUUUUGACCUCCCUGUCUGUCCCUGUGUGUCUAAUUACUUGAUUAGCUCCGCCAGUGCCAUACAUAUCUUUUGUAGACCAUUCUGAUACAUUGUAUCCAUUUUUGUUUUCCCUUGAUUUAUUUUACUACAAUAUAUGUGUGAGUGAUUCUUUUG